AUGCUAUAAUCAUUUAAACCUCCUCAAAAAAUCGAUGAAUUUGAACUGACUGAUCAUGAAUUUGAAAAAUCUGAAAAUUAUAUCUCUACUUUGUAUUAGAGUAAAAAAACUAACGAUCUAGUAACAAUUAAAUUCUUCCCUAUUGAAUUAAUGGAAAAAAUAAAGAAGGAAGUGAUUAUUCUGAAGUAGAUUAAGCAGAGUAUUUAAGAUAAAGGAUUAAAAACCUAUACACCUCUUCCCUAAUAUUAUAAUCAUGGAUUUACACUACCAUAUUUGAUUGUAAAUCAUUUCGAACCAAGCUUAAAUAUCUAAAAUAAAAAAGGGUUAGAAUUCUAUCAGAUUGCGGGAAAGAUGUUUGAAAGCAUCAAAGAGUUCCAUGAAUUAGGCUUUAUCCACAAUAACAUAAGGCCUAACAUAUUUAAAAUAUUAAAUGACAAGAUUUAUCUAACUGAUUUCUAAUUUGCUAUCAAUGAUAGAGAUAUAGAUACAGCUAAUCAACAGAUUGACUAGAUUAGAAGAGAUUAAUAACAUUCAGUUAGUUAAGGAAUCCUUCCAUCUAAAAAAAUUGAUUACAUCCUUGUGAGCUAUUCAAUACUAUUACUUAGGCACAUACCAGAUAAAAUAAACUAAGGAUAUAAUAAUCAAUAGAGCAUGCAUGAACCAAUAUGUACUAUGUUAUUUAAACUUUCAAAGUAAAAACACACUGCUUAAUUAGAACAAGAAGACAGUGUUAUCUUAUCAAUUUUAGUGUAUUUAAACUCUCUUUAAUCAUCAUUCAGAGCUUGUAAUGGGAGCACAAAUCAAUUACCUUAGUCAGCUGAGGAAAGAGGUAGAUUGCAACAAUAAGUUCCAUUAUAAUAACAAAUGCUUUACCAAUAGAAUUUAAAUAAUCUUCAAGUAGAGCAAAUGAUUAGGCACGUUCACAGCCAAAAUAAUUUAAGAGAGAGUAUCUUUUACUAAGAUAAUAAUCAAUUUGAUAACGAUUUCUUAGGCUCAAUCAACUCAUCAUUUUUUUUUGUGAAUAAGGAGGAAGCAUCAGAUUAAAUUCUAGAAGAAUUUAAGGAUGAUGAAAUAUCUUUUAACGGCAAUCCUAAUGAAUAGAGUAUUCUUAAUACAGGAAUGGAAAUAAUUGAAAAGCAAAAUAAUAGUUGCUAGGAAGUUGAAAGUGAUAGAAAUUUGAAGUAGAUUACUGAGAUUCAGAUACAAAUAUAGCCUCAAUAUUAAAAAAAACUCUCUAUCAAAGACAACGAUAUUAUUAAAAAAGAUGAGGAGAUUCAAAAAUUAAAGGCUAUCAUUAAUAUGAUUGGUAAAGAAAAUGUUGACUAUAGAAAAUAAUUAAGAGAGAUGCAGAAAUUACUCCAAGAAGCCAAAGAGGGAAAUGACUAAUUGUAAAUUAGAUUGAAUCAGAGAAACUCCAAUUAAUACCAAAACUGCGAAGACUGCAUUGGUCAUAUUAAAAAAUAUGAAUCACUUAAUGUCAGUUCUAAGAACAUAAUACAGGUCUUACAAAAGCAAGUAAUAGAUUGUAAGAUGCAAGUAUCAUAGUGUGAACUUAAAAUGAAUUAGAUUAUGAUAGCAUAAUAACCUAAAGGCUAAGUCUAAAGAAAUGACAAUCUUCCAUAGAAUUAACCAUAAGAUGUCUUAAAUGAAAGAGAAAAAAAUAAUGAUAUUGAAGAAUUAAACAAGAAAUAUUCCCAUCUUGAGAGAUGCCAUAUGAUUAUUACCUAGGAAUUAACUAGAAAAAUAUAGAGAUUUAUGAAUUGGAAGAGAGGAAAUAAUUGUGCAAAUAUUGUUCCUAGCAAUUGA